AGGCGCGGCUCGGGCGUCUCCCGCCGCUGGCAGCUUGGCUCCUCGCUGGGCUCCGGGAGAUGGGCAGCUGGCGGCCUCGGCUGCGGAGCUCCGCGCGUGGCCAGCCCUGCCCUGCUGCUGCCCGCUGACUGAGCCGCUGCCCGGCUGGCUUCCCCGCCGGCGGCGAUGAAAUUCCCGGGCUCGGUGCUGGUGUCGCUCUUCCUCUUCGUGGCCGAGACGGCGCUGGCGCUGUACCUGAGCAGCACCUACCGCUCGGCGGGCGACCGCAUCUGGCAGUCGCUGACGCUGCUCUUCGCGCUGCUGCCCUGCGUGCUCGUCCAGUUCAGCCUCGUCUUCAUCCACCGAGACCUCAGCAAGGACAGGCCGCUCGUGCUGCUCCUGCACAUCCUGCAGCUGGGACCCAUCGUCAGGUAGGUGGGGGGGGCGGGGGCCCCGAUCCCCGCAGGUGCUCCUGCAGGAGAAGGACCGCCCAAGCGGGGAGGGCUGGCCGGGGGCGGAAAGGGGGUCAGGGGAGGGGGUGGCCGCCCAGUUGCGCUGGAAGAGCAACGCCCCACAAUGGCUGUCAGACAUCUCAGAAUGCUGGACACGCACUCGAGUGUCUGAAUUGGGGACCAGUUCCAGCCUUAUUGUUAAUUUUAAAAAAGCUGAUCGCUUCAAUGGUGGAUUCUAUGCCGAGAGAUCUGGAUAGGGAAUUGUGACCAUUAAAAUAGCGCAAGGGCUCUCUGUUGGGUCAGAUGUGCAAGAUAAUGGACCGUUUUGUUUAUAGUGAAAUAAAGGUGUUGGGGUUUUGUGUGUGUUAAGCUGUUUGCUGCAUCCAUCAGGACGUGGUCUCCUUUUAUAUGCUUGGAAAUCUCCCUCCCUCCCCAUGCAUGUUAAUGGAUCUGUACUGUGUGCGGUUAAGGGUCUGUGAUGCUUCCUAUCUGCACAGCUGCCUGCUCCGGUUUUGCCUGUGAGCAAUAACUGGCAGAGAAGCAUGCCUGCGUUUGGUCACAGGCACGCCCAUCUGUAGAGUGUGCUUCUGGAAAGCUGUAUUGGAAUAAGGGAGGCAGUGGUGAGAGAGCUGGACUUGAGAAUAUAACAGGUUCACACAUCUUGAGUAGUCUCUACCUUUUGGGUUGAGUGAAAAUAUUUCAGCUUGUGAGUAAGACUAAAUAAAGAGGAAGGAGGCUGAGUUUCUUGUGGACCACACACAGUUGCUCUUUGAAAAUUGAAGCAGAAGAAGCUGUCAAACCUAUUUUUAUCUACUAAAAAUAUUUAUAACCUCCUCUUCAGGCACCUUGUUUUUUGUUAACAUAAUAAUAACGUAAUAAUGCCAAAAUCAAACUGCUUUGAUUUUAUUAUUAUUUUUUAAAAUAUCCACCCACACACGUCAUCAUCCUGGAAGCAAUUUGCCAUUUUCAAGUCUCUCUCUCUCUCUCUCUCUUUCACCACCCAGAGGUAAAUUGUGUUGCUUCAGCAUGUAUUGUUUCAGCAAGUAUUUUCCUAACAAAUUAUUCUAUCGGUUUCCUUUCUGUUUCUGUUGUUUUUAAUUUCAGGGAGGUAACUGUGAUGGUCGGUUGCAGCAAAAAAAGAGAGAAAAGCUCAUGGCGUAAUAAAAAUGUCUUAGUCUUUAAGGUGCCUUAAGACUUAAACUUUUGUUACCCUUUAUUGCUUUUGUUACCCUUUAUUGCUCUCUGAAUAUAUCAUAUCUCAACUUUGACGACAUUGUAAGCCACCCAGAAUGGAAUUUUUUGCCUAGAAAGGCAGGUUAUGCACUUUAACAGAAAUAAAUAAAUUUGAUAAAUCAUUAACUAUUGGGCAGUUAUCCCUUCAAGCAAAGAAGCAUGAGCAGUAUUAAGUUUCUUAUCAGUUUGUUCCUGAAGCCAAAUUGUACAUGCAAAUCAAACACCAAAUUGGGGGUAAAGCAGAGGGAGGGAUAACAUAGCAAUGUUUUACAGGGCCUAAUACUGUUAUCCAAAACUUUUCUAAUAUUAUUGGAUGUAUGCCAUCACCUGCCAGCAAUCCCCUCCUUGCUUUCUAAAUAAAAGGUGGGGUAUAAAUGCAAUGUUAAUUAAUAAAUAUUAAGCUCUGGAAAAACAUUUCAGUCUUCCAAGGUAUUCUGCUGUUGACCUAAAAGUUACCAUGUUUCAAUAAAGUAACUUCAGAGAGUAAGUCCAUAUACACAGCUGCACAUAAGGAGCCUGAACCGGAAGCAUUUAGUAGUCCUGCAUCAGAGCAAUCAUUCCAUGGUUUCUCAACUGGCCAUGGUGAUUGUAGGAACUCUUGACAUAGGGAAAGCCAGUUAAGUGAAUUAGCCAUCAAGUUUACACAUCUUAUUUAUACACUAUUAUACUAUGUGUUUCUGAUGCACAAUAAUAAUGAUUGAAAUGUUAUUAUACAACAAUAAUACAUAUUAACUUCCUAAGCAGGCUGCAGAAUGUCAUUCCUUAAAUGUUCUCAAGAACAAUUUGGGCAGGGACCUGUCAAGAAUGUGUUCUCCAUAGGAUUAUGUGAUUAUGUGGAGUUGUGUAGAGCUUAGUGCAACACAAAUAUUCCAUCAGCAAAAGGAUCUCUACCUGUGUAAUGGAAUGCUCUUCCCCUCUUCUCCCUUUGCAAGUGGACAUCCUUGUGCUUGCUGGUGAGGCAUGGUGGUUGAGUUCCACCCAUGAUUUUCAAAUCUCUAGAAUGGGCAAAAGGGGUGUUUCUCAUGCCCACCUUAACUUCUUUCUAAUCGGACAUCCUACUUAAAAGCAAUUGUGAACUUCAGAAAAGUUAUGUUAAAGCAACAUCUACUCUUGUCCAUUUCGCCCCACAGGUGCGUGGAGGUUUUCUAUAUUUACUUUCAUGCAGGCAGAAUAGAGGAGCCUUAUGUCAGCAUCACCAAGAAGAGGCAGAUGCCAAAAGAUGGACAUUCGGAAGAAGUUGAGAAGGAAGUGGGCCAAGCUGAGGGCAAGCUGUUUACACACAGAUCUGCAUUUAGUCGGGCAUCGGUGAUCCAAGCUUUCCUAGGCUCUGCACCGCAGCUGACGCUUCAGCUGUACAUAUGUGUCCUCCAGCAGGAGAUGACGGCAGCCAGAAGUAUGUAUAAUUGGUACAUUUUUCAGUAUUCCAUUUUGGUGAGUGUUUAGAGAUAGGGAUUAUGGGUAAGUAAUAGCUAUAUCCUCUCACUUAAUGUGCUAUUUAGGAAACCAGAUGCAGGUGGAAAUGGUUAAUGACCUACUUUAUGGUUGUUUUGGCACCAGGUGAAGAGUUAUUAAAAUUCUCCCACCCCUUUUGAAAACCUGUGCUUUUAGCGUUCUGAAUCUCUGUGUAUGUGCUGUAAAUAUAUAUUUAUUUGCUUUUACUCUACUCCUUGUUGGAAAUGUGUGCACCAGAAAUCUUUAGGAUGCAAUUUGUUAUUUAAUGUAGGCUAUUACGUUUUUGAUUGUACUACUGUCAUUUUUGUGCUGAAAGCCAACCAGAGAAAAAUGUUAUUGAGUAGCUUUACAUAAAUAUAGCAAAUAAAUUAAGCAGACUGUUUCUCUACUAAGAGUUACAGACUAGGUUAUAAGAAGCGGAAAGCCCUUCUACGAAUUAUAGCAGGGAGAAGAGAACUCCCAACUUCUGUCAGCCCCAGCCAGCAUGGGCAAAGGUCAGAGAUGAGGGAACUGUGGUCCAGCAACACCCGGAGAUAACAGGUUCCCCAUCCCUAGGGAUGCAUCCCCCCCAGUGCUUAAUUCAUAAAAGUAGAAACAAUGAGACCAAGACUCCCCACUCUGUAAUAUCUCAUCCCUAAUCUUAGCUGCUUGGAGCAUACUAACAGGACAUCUUAGAAGAAGAAGAGGAAGAGUUUGGCUUUGAUAUCCCGCUUUAUCACUACCCAAAGGAGUCUCAAAGUGGCUAACAUUCCCUUCCUCCCCCACAACAAACACUCUGUGAGGUGAGUGGGGGUGAGAGACUUCAGAGAAGUGUGACUAACCCAAGGUCACCCAGCAGCUACAUGUGGAGGAGCGAGGAAUCAAACCCGGUUCACCAGAUUAUGAGUCCACCGCUCUUAACCACUACACCACACUUAGCGCAGGGGUAGGCAAGGUUUACCUCACCUGGGCCAGUUCACUCCAGAGGAGAUCUCUCCGUGGGCCGGACUGCACACACACCCAUGAUUUCCGGCAUCUGCGUCCGUGCAGAUACAAUUUUCAGUGUCAUGGAAGUGAGUCCCCGUGCUGGGGGGGGGACACUUGCUGAGCGGGUGGCUCGGUUUGGGGGUGGCUCAUGGGCCGUUUAAAUGACCCCCGUGGGCUGCUUGUGGCCCAUGGGCCUUAGGUUGCCAACCCCUGUCUUAGCCUUUUUCAAACGUUAACAAACUUCUAUGGACACAGACAGCUGGCUACUUGAUUUUUAAAACUAUGUUUAAAAUAUUUGCUUGCAGUGAUGCUUGGGGAGGAGUCACUAAGAAUGCUGAUGUUGCAAACAAGCAAAGAGCGUAAUUUUGUCUCGCAUCAGAAAUACAUAUAAUAUAGUAAACUGUUCCAGAUCUACAUUGGUGAAUCUGGAUAUAGAGACAACUUCUUGUGACACAUUCUAUGUGAAAAUUAAUUCAAAGGAGCAGCUUGAAGACACCCAGAGUUACAAGAGUAUAUGUAUAGGAAAUCCUAUUAGAGGUCUGAAAUUAACUUUAGCACUUUCAGACUCAUGUCCAGAGAUUAAUUGCUUUAAAGUUAAACAAGUAUCAGGAGUACAUUGAAAUAGCAGUGAAUGUGGCCCUGAAAGAUUAAUAAACCAAAAAUCCUGAUGACCGCAGACAAGUGGAUGGUUGCUAAGUAUUAAAUUAAAAUAAAUGGAGCAGUUGUGGUGAGCUAGUCACUUGACUGAUCUUGCAUUCCCCCCCCCUCCCCCGGGCAGUGUAAGUAGAUUUAGAUAAAGCACAUAAAGUUGAUGUGCAGGUGACUCAUGCCCUAUUGUAAUAGCCAAUCGUGUACAUCUGUUCUGUGUCAGCCUUUGGUCCAUCUAACUCAGCAUUGCCCACGCUGUCUGGCAGCAGGGUUUCAGACAGGCAGUCUUUCCCAAGCCUACCCAAAGAUGCCAGGGAUUGAAGAACCUGGGACCUUCUACAUGCGACAGCCGUUUCCUCGAGAUGCAUAAAUUCUCAUACAUACAUUUGGAACCUGCAUAUCUUGCAGUGCAAGUAUCCUCUUCAUCGGCAAUGUAAAAAAUCAGAAACCAAGAGUGUGGAUCACUCACAUACCCACUUCUUUGGAACUUCCAGUUAUUGUGCAAAAUGGAUUUGGGCUGCCGCAUAAUGUGUAAAUUGGCAUUUUCAUUCUCCGCAGGGCAACCAAUUGAGCAUCUAGCAAACACUUUCCUUUCAGAAACUAAGAUGAAAUGACUAGAUACAAUUUCUUUUUUUCCAUUGAAAAUUGCUGAGGGUUCUAGGCCUGAAGUUCCCCAUACCUGCAUUGCAUAAAAUGAGACAACUGCGGUACCUCAGAGAGCAGGCACUGGGGGGGGGCACAUAAUUUGCAUCCCCAGCUACUGUUUUCUUUCUUCACUGGCCCACCUACCCAGAUUGUAUGUAGCUCUGCAGAGACAUGCCCUGCCUUCCUUCUCCCCACUGCAACCUCCCCUCCCCUCCAUUUACUCCUUUCCUCCCUCCUGAGUGGUUAUGGUCAGAAAACGUAUGAUAUGGGAAGCUAGCUGUAGGUAAGCAGUUUGGGGUCUCUGGAUGGGAAAUCACCCAGGAACCAAUGUAAGCCAUCUUGAGUUCUGUCAUGGAGGUGAGGUGGGCUAGAAAUGCAAUGUGAUCCAGUUGAGACUUUGGUCUUGCUACAAAACAGUGAAAUGCUCUAGGAUGCUGGCAUUAUUUUAUUAUUUAUUUUUAUCUAUUAGAUUUAUGUACCACCCUUCAAGGUGGUUCACAAGAUAAAAAUGCAAGAUAAAAGCACAAAUAAUUAGUCAAAACAGAAACAAAAUAAUAGAAAAAGAUUGCUGAGUCCUGAGUUCCCUCUGUGACCCCGUGAGACCCUGUUUUUAUUUGUUUAAAUCUACGGAAUUCCUGUUUUAAUAUGAUUUUAUACUACUGUUUUAUGUUUGUUUUAAUCAUACUGUUUAUUGUAUAUAUAUAGAGAGAGAGAGAGGGAAGUUAAAUCUUGCCACCCUCCUAAAUCUCUCAUCACACACACACAAAUUAUUUUUUAAGGUUAUGAAUUUAAGGUCCUAAAUUCAGAAGGGCUUCAGAAUUGCGCCUCUUCUGAUAAUUUGGCUCUUCUGCUAUACUCAUAAUUUAUUUCAUUUGUUCCGUUUAGUUUUGAGUGUGUGGUCAGUUGCCAGUCUUUAGCAAGUAUGGAGCAAAGUGUGAAAUUUUCACUGACACAGUCGAAAGAAGGUAACUCAGCAGGACGUGCAGAAAUUCAGGAUUCCUUUGUGCAAGUCAGUCAGGUUGACCGGCCUCCGUGGUGGAGAGGCUGUCACAGGGCUGCAGCAACGGGACAAGGGCGGGAACCUGCACCUGCCAAGACUCCCUCAACGGAAGAGCCACUGAGGGCACGGGAACCCUCCCUUCUGUGGCCCUUGCCAGAGCGGCAGGCUGAGGAGAAAGCAGCAUCUCCUCUUUCUCUCCCAGCCACUGGUAGAGGAUUUGCUGGAAAGAGGCUGAGGAAUGGGGUGCUGUAAGCCCCCGCUUCCUGUCUGAGCCUUGGCUAGGGGUGUGAGGCGGACAGAAGGAGUGAUUUGCCUAUUCCUGCAGCUUUGGUGGCAGGUGGAGGGGCCAAGUUUCACUCCCCUCCCGUACCUUAAAAAGGAGGCAUGUUUGGUUUCGUUAUUGUAAUGCGUCAUUAUGAUGGUAUAGUUUGCUUCUUGAGGAUUUGCAACUCGCCAUACAAUUCCACUUCCAGGUGUGGCCCUCAGGCUGUUCUAGUGCGUCUCCGAUCACCCUGACUGCAAAGCCUUGGCACAGUCCCUGACGCCGCCCCAACCAAGUGACAGCCCUGUGCUGCUGCCUUGCUUGGUUGCUCCUUUGAUGUAUGGUUUGAGUAAUAAUGGGAGUUGUAAUCUGAAAUAAUCUCCACCUGACAUAGCUAUGGGAAGGUAACAAAGCAGUUUCUGGCAGGAUAUGGCUGAAAUGAAUGGUCUGGAACAAGUCCAGUAUUGGUUUAAAAAUACAUUGAAAAACCAGUUUGAGUGGCAAAAGAAAUCCAGUACUUGUAUUUUUAAAAAAUGACCUUCAAAUGUGUGACUUUCAAAAAUAACAAAAACCCAAAUACCUGCAAAGCAACAAUUAAAAAAACAACACAAAAUCCAAGCAUUAAGACUUCAUCAAAAUAAUAUCCAUGUUCUUCACUCCACUGAAAGAUAAUUGCUGUAUGUAGAUAUAUUUGGAGCACCUGAAUGACAAAUGAAAUACAUUCUUGUAAGGUCUUGUUAUUCUGUGAAAGCACUUGCACAUUUUUCCCAUAACAAGUCAAGGACCCAUAUUUUAGGAGAAAGCAAACAUUAUAUAUGAAUGGCUAGACUCAACAUGUUGAUCUAAUUUCAUUCACAUUGCAACAGGAUAAUCCAGAGAGUAGAUUCAAGACUACAGUGUAUGUGGAACACUAUAUUAGAUUGUAUUGAACUUGCAAAGCUUGGUAACAGAUUUCAUGAGUAUGGGUCAUCAUUCAAAGCUCUACCCACACAGAGGCACCCCAAACACUGUGAUGGUUAGUAUUGUGUCAUUCAUCUCUCUCCCUGCCACCCUGUUUGCCCAUUCAGUGCAUAGCACCUCAAAGAGGUAAUUAAGAUGUGGAGAACCAGAGGAUGUGGCAGAGACACCCCUCUUGAUUGCAACACCCUGCCUGAAUUUAAAAUAAAACCCUAAGGGAAUUGGGCAUCUGAGUGUUGCCCACAGUUUGAAUCCCAGGAAGCCAACUGGCAUGUAUUACUCCAGGCUUCCUCAACCUCGGCCCUCCAGAUGUUUUUGCCUACAACUCCCAUGAUCCCUAGCUAGCAGGACCAGUGGUCAGGGAUGAUGGGAAUUGUAGUCUCGAAACAUCUGGAGGGCCAAGGUUGAGGAAGCCUGUAUUACUCAUUGAAGUGUUUACAUUUGUGCCUGUGGAAAGGGAACUGAAUUAAGACAGUCACCCUCUGUUUGUUAAGAUGAGAAGCAUCCCAGAAGGUCCUGGCUCAACACCUAUCUCAACUACAGAAUUAGGAAGUUGCUAUCUUUUCUUUUUUAGCUGUGGCCCCUCCCCCAAGUGGGCAAAACAGGAAUAACACAGUAUUAUUGAAUGAGGAAUAAUGAAAUGCUGCUAGUUAGCACUUUGCACACUUAAAGCUCAGUGACUGAAAGCCUUGAGUUUGCUCUUGCAGCAAAUUCAGUACAGCUGCUGAGACUUGAAUAGCUUUGUGGUUUGUACCUGAUGCUGAUGAGAAUGCUGGAGAUUCUCUCAAGGCCCAACAUGCUAAAAUAUUGUCCUGGAGCUGCCAUGCUCACAGUGUGAACAUAAUAGUUCAAGGAAAGCCUUUAGCACAGGUCCAAGGAGCAUGCAUGCAUUUGAGGGCCGCAGUUCAUUUCUCAGUGUUUCUACAUGGUUUAGGCACAUGGACUAGGAAAAGUGUGUACCGUACUGGGAUAGUGCUUAAGAAGAUACUAUAAGCUGCAUCAGUUUAGGCCACUUGAGUCAGCCACUUCCAAUGAAAGCAUGUUCCUGCCAUACAAUGUUCUCUGGCUGCUUUCAGAAAUGUUGAUUGCCUUCUCUUUCCUCAGGCAUCUUCAUGGUCCUUUCUCUCCUGUCAAUCGUCUAUGGAGCACUGCGAUGCAACAUCCUGGCCAUUAAGAUUAAGUAUGACGAUUACGACAUCAGUGUGAAGCCUGCUGCCUACCUCUGCAUCUUCCUCUGGAGAAGCUUUGAGAUUGCCACUAGGGUGAUAGUCCUGGUCCUCUUCAGCUCUGUCCUUCAAAUCUGGAUCCUCCCUGUGGUGCUAGUGAAUUUCUUUGCUUUUUUCUUUCACCCGUGGAUUCUCUUCUGGCAAAGUAAGUGCACUUUGCCGGAAAAUAUAGAGAAGGCUUUGAGCAAAGUGGGCACUGCCAUUGUCUUGUGCCUUCUCACUUUCCUGUAUGCCGGUAUUAAUAUGUUUUGCUGGUCAGCUGUGCAGCUGAAGUUGAAUGAUUCCGACUUAAUUGACAAAUCCCAAAACUGGUACAGGCUGGCUUUAUAUUACAUUGUGAGGUUCCUUGAGAAUGCUUUCCUCUUGCUGAUGUGGUAUAUGUACAAGACUGAUGUUUACACGUAUGUAUGUGCGCCUUUGCUGGUCUUACAGUUGCUGAUUGGCUAUUGCAUAGCUGUUCUUUUUAUGCUCGUCUUCUACCAGUUUUGCCACCCGUGCAAAAAACUUUUCUCCUCCAAUAUUUCAGAAGGACUGGCACUGUGUUUCAAGUUGUUUUGCUAUGUAUGCAAACCUCUUGCAUCCAGCAACUCUGGGGAAAAGGCAGACUUGAAGACCCCAGACGAUACUGUUGACGAUGCCCAGGACAGCUGCAAGGCAAAUGAAUCCUAUAAUGGAAAUGCCCACCAAAGUGUUUCGUCCAAUGCCUAGAACUGCUGUCAAGGAGCCACCACUCUCAAGACAUGCUUAUUUUAGCCCCUGGGUCUGGAAACCUUUCUGGGAAACAUCCCAAUGGUGGGCGGGUCUAGAGGAAAAAGUGGGCGGAGCAGCAAAUGUAAAUUUUUCCUUUGUACAGAAGGCUAGUUUCUUCACAUACUCCUCUCUCCUUCCUAAAUCCAGGCAAGCAAGAGGCAUAAUCAGAGUUCAAGGGCACAUUCCUGCCAAGCAAAAACAUUCAAGGUGGGUGUGACUUGGGUGGGGGGUGUAGAUUGGGGAGGCCUGGAGGGCCACAUAUUGGGGCCUCAGGUUGCCACCCCUGGUUUGGGUUUUUUAGAAAGAAGGAUGCACUCUGAUUAUCCCUCUGACCGCCAUGGCAGGAGGCACAUUUAAGUCCUAGCAUUGCAGUGCUGGUAUGGUAGUUCAGUGUGUGAAGAUAAUUGGGAUUUUAACUGUUGGAAACAGACAGCACCCCCUUAUGGAUGGGAUGCUUCACUGCACCUUGACUUUAGAUCAGGGAUUUGUAACCUUUGUCCGGGUGGACCUCUGCAAGCCAUGAAACAAAAGGCAAGGCAAUGACAAAGUGGCUGACUCAAGGAACUUCUUAUUUCAUGCAAGGACCGAAAUCGAUCAGUGAAAAGGAGCGUUCAAAACCUCACAGGUUAACAAUGUGCUUUAAAGCUUUAUACAAACUGGGCUCCUUCACCUGCCACUGAGUGCCGAAUUUUUCUGGGUUACGUAUGACAUGAUCUCAUCCUGACUGCGUGCAUUGGAACUGGGAGCUUCUGAAUCCAUAAUGGAAAGUGAUAAAAUAACUUGCUGUUGAUUCAGGCCUUGGCCCCAUCCUGUCAAUUUUUCCUUCAAAGUGCCACAAGUGUUGAUUCUCUCCAAACAGCUUAAACACUUGGUUUUUAGGUUUGCUUCUGUUGUUGGAUUCUGAUUGUCUUGGUCAAUUACAUUUCUGCUUUGUAUGAUGCUAAGAAAGCUUUGGUGAAUGUAGCAGUAGUUAAGGAAGCAUUUAGUCAAUGAAAAUUUUAGCAAUGUCUUGCAGUUGAUAUCCACUCUUUUACAUGAAUAUUUCCAAAUGUUUCCAUUAAGUCAAACCUACUGAUAUUACUGAAAAUGGGGGGGGGGGCUAUUCACUAGAAUUAUUACAUUAAAGUGAUUAGGUCUCCAAAACAGUGGCCAGGUUGGCAGAGUGGAUUUCGACGUUGAGCAUGGGAGGACCUGAUCCAAAAGCCAGUGAGCUGCAAAAACCAUUGGACGGGUUUUGAACAAAUAAUUAUAUUUGACUGUUUACUGGGUUUGCAUCUUGCCUUUCUUCUAAAUUUCUCAAAGUGAUGAUUUGCGGGCUGGUCCUAUGCAUGUUUACUUGGAAGUAAGUCUUACUUUGUUCAAUGAGGCUUAUUCCCAGGAAAGUGUACUCCCAAGAGAGAACUGAAGUCUUAACCUCCCAAUAAUUUUGACUGGUCAAUAGUAUCUUUUCCAAGGCCACAUCAGUGCUGGCCAGAAUCAGUCCGACUCCCAAGAUCAACACUCUACUUACCCCACAAGGUUACUGUGAGGAUAAAUGAAGUAAGAAUUGUAAAGCAACUUAAUACACCGAACCAGUUCUAUAGAAAUGUUUAAAUAAUAUUUAAAAUGACCUUUGCCACCGCAGUGCCGACAAUAGUUGGCACCAUGGUAGCUGAAAUCCAUGGUGCAAUUAGCUGGUGCAACGUGGAGUCAUCGUUUCUUGCUUCUGGUUUUUAUUGAAACACACAUAAAAAAGUGCUGGCUUUUGCCCAGUUCUACAACCGAGCAGUAUAUAAAUUUUAUAAAAUGAAUUAAGUGUGUUUGAACAGUGCAGCCAUGUAACAGCAGGAUCAGGGGGCAAGUUUUAGCGUGAAUUAGCAUGACAAAUGUGUAUCUUUAUCUUUUUAUACAAAAUAUAAUACGGUCACCUUAUCUGUGCACAUGUAGCAAACUCCCCCUCCUUGAUAUUCUUAUUUUUAAAAAAGAAAAAGAAAUAACACCUGGUGGUUAUUGUUUUAUAUCUGGAAAGCUGAUUUGUUCCCAGAAUAAAAUAAUUAGUCUCU